AUGCACGAUGCGGCUACGAAACGUCAUCCAGAGGAAAGAGGAGAAAGCAAGGCAAAACGGAAGAGAACGAGCCCUCAUGACCAAGCUGCACUCGAGGCUCAGUACAGACGGAACCCCAAGCCUAACAAGAUAACACGUGCAGAGAUUGUGGAAGAAAUCUCAUUGAACGAAAAAGAAGUACAGAUUUGGUUCCAGAACCGCCGCCAAAUAGACCGUCGGAAGUUGCGCCCAUUAAUGCCGCAUGAGGCUAGUGCGCUUAGUACCGGAGCAGCUAUAUUAUUGUCGCCCGAACCGACUACCGUUUUAUCUAUAAGCAGUAGCCAAGCGAGCCACUGUGGAGUGGCCGAUUAUGGCUGUAGACCGCAGGGUCAUUCUGAGAAUGUUGAUGGAAGUUAUAAAGUUCAAGAUGUAGUUUCGAAGCUGACACCUCCGAUCGUUGAUCCCUUAACAAUCUGUAACUCGACGUCUGAACACACUCCUAAAAUUUUGAACUACGAGGAAAUGUCGACAAGCUCGUGCCCGAAUAAUCCACACACAUCUCUCACAUCGACGCCUGGUUAUACAUCAAGCUGCUCAAGUUCCAGAGUCUAUACAUAUUCCACACCACCUUCGUCUCAAUUGACGUCACUUUCUUACCCGUCUCCAACGUCAUUGAUUAAAGACCGGGGUUUAGAUCCAAAGCAAGAUAAUGUGAGGAAUGAACUUGAACUGGACACAUCGCUCUCUAGUCGAGACCGAAGGAACACGAUCACCACCGGAUUAUCAACCAGAGUAGAUUUGUCUUCGUCACAAAAAUGUAAGACUGUUGGUACAUCUUUAUCGUUAUUGCCACCUCAAUCCUCAUGUUCAAACCCCGUAUCUGAGAGUGUCUAUCUCAAGAAAGGUCCAAAACGCCUGCGUAUGGGUCUGAGUGGUCUGAAGCCGAGAGUCAAUGGCAGUGAAAAUCGUGAGGAAACAACACCGUCAAUUCGUCGACGUCCCGUGGGUCGUUCGAGGAGUGCACAGGCCUGGAAGUUUUGCUGCGAUAGAGAGCCUCAUGAUGAACUUACUCUUCAUGCUGAAAACGAGUCACACGGUUCAGCGGUAGCUGCCAUAAGCCUUAUUAGGUCUACUGGUAAAUAUCUCUCGAGGUCAGAAGUACACAAUCGGAAUGUACUGGAGUUGCAGGGCAAAACUCACCAUAGCAGAAGGAGAGCUCGUAUAAUACGAGAAAUUGUAGCACCAGCAGAAUAUAAAUCGUGCCAAAGGUUUUGCCCAACUCCAGACAUGAAUUAUUCUCAACAAAAAAUAGUGGACCUACUAAGAUCACCUUCAUUGGAAUCAGAUAAAGAGAAUUGGAUGCCUUAUCACUAUAGCAGCAACUGUCGAAAGCCUCUGCCGAGUAGCCCUUCGAGUAAGAAACGUUCAAGCCUAACGGUUCUAGAUAGAAGCCAUUGUAAACCAUUGGAUGCGAAUAAAUUUAGCAGUCAAAACUGUGAACGAAAGUUACUCGGAGAGACUGCUACUGAAUACAAAGAUGGCCUAAUUCCUCGCGCGAUCAAGGUUGCCGAGAGUCUGCUUCCAGGUGAGAUGGACUCUGGAAAAUAUGGAGACAUUGGGGCAAUCCAGGGUCUUUUGUCUCUAAGCCAAGGAAACUGGCGUUGA